AUGUCGAAAACCGUUCUCGUUACCGGCGCGACCGGCAACCAAGGAGGAAGCGUCGUCGCUGCCCUUCUCGCCGCAGAAGCAAACUUCGAAAUACUCGCCGUCACUCGCGACGCAACUUCCAGUAAAGCGCAGAAGCUUUUAAGACAAUCACCGAAAAUCAAAGUGGUCCAAGGCAAUCUAGAUAACCCGGAGAUUAUCUUCACCAAUGCCCACAAGAUCACUUCUGAGCCCAUCUGGGGUGUUUACAGCGUCCAAGUCCUGGUCUCUGGAUCGAAUCAAGAAGCAGAAGAGAAACAGGGCAAAGAUCUCGUCGACGCAGCCCUCAAGAACAAUGUCAAGCAUUUCGUGUACUCCUCCGUUGAUCGCGGUGGAGAUGUAUCUUUUGACAGCCCGACACCUGUUCCCCAUUUCGUGAGCAAGUACCACAUCGAGCAUCAUCUCGUCGAAAAGGCCAAAGACACCGAAAUGUCCUGGACGAUUCUCCGCCCCGUCACAUUCUUCGACAACUUCACCCCGAACUUCUUCGGGAAGGUUUUCACUACCAGCUGGAAGAAUACGGUGAAGGAAAAACCGCUGUCACUUAUCGCGGUCAGCGACAUUGGCUUUUUCGGAGCGCAGGCCUUUAUGUUCCCCGACCAGUACCAAAAUAGAGGUAUCUCCCUGGCUGGUGACGAGCUCAAAUUUGAUGAGAUGGCCAAGAUCUUCAAGGCUAAGACUGGAAAGUCGGUCCCAACGACUUUCGGCUUCGUCGCCAAAGCCGUGCUGUCCACGACGAAGGACUUGCGCAUCAUGUUCCAGUGGUUUCAUGAUGUAGGGUGCCAAGCGGAUAUUCAAGAGCUGAGAAAAGUGUAUCCUGAGUUGAAGGAUUUUGGCACUUGGCUUGAGAAGGACAGCGCCUUUGAUACCAAAUAG